UAGAAAUGUAAUGAAUUUUACAGAGCGUGUACUAAAUAUCGUCAGCUGAAUUUCUCGCUUUUCUCUUCAUUUCUCUUCGUUCUUCGAUUUAGUUAUUUGUUAUUCAAAUCAAAGCAAACAAUUCUGAAAGGUAGUCCAGUAUUUUGAGCAGAACCUUCGAAAAAAGGCCUACAGCGACGAGUUUUUUGUCGAUAUUUGCACAUCUUAGUGUUGGGGAGUCUUUCGCCGGUUUCAACGGUAAUCGAGCCUUUUGCCGUUGUUUUUGUCUUCGGUGACGGCUCUCUUUCGCUGUCGUUUUUUGCUUUGAAGAACGCUAAAACUGGCGGGCUUGGAAGUAAUUAAACGAUCUUCAUUUAUACACCAUGGCGAUCGCGAAUCGACAGGUACAAUGGAAGAAUGCGAAACGGAAGAUCCAAAUUGCUCAUCAUCAUGCGACGGCAUAGAGAAAGACGACACACAGGAGUGGUGUUCUGACAUUUUAGGCGAUGAUAGUUAUGUAGAAGAAACACUGUCCAAUUCCGAUAAUCUGGAGGUUGAAAGUGGAGUAGAAAGUGCCACAGGAGAUGUAGCUGAAGCAGAUUUUCUUGAACCCGAAUUCGCCGGAGACGAACUAUAUUUGCAACUGGGAGAUCUUGAUUUGACAACAGAACAGGCGCAGGAAACGUUGAAAUAUUUUACUUUGGCAUCAGAUCGAACCAACCAGAUGAGUAAGACGUACAAUGAUUUGGAUGCCAUUUUGCAGCUUCUACAGGAGAAAGAGAAGGACUUGGAGCUUGCAGCCAGAAUUGGCCAGUCCUUAUUGGAGAGGAACAAGCAACUAUUGGCCAAAACACAGGCAUUUGAAAAUUUGGUGUCAGAAUGCGACGAAAAGGAGACACAACUUCAACAUGAAGUAUCCAUGAAAACUGAACUUCUCCAGAAAUUCAUUAAAGAUCAGGAAAUGGACGAGUUCUACCAGUUAUCUCAUCGCUCUGAUGAAGACAGUCGCAGCACUGACAGCUCUUGCAGAGAUGACUCCAUCAAUUCACUUCAACAGAAAUGCCAGGCUCUGGAGCAACAGAACACUCAUCUCAUCUUAGAGGCUUUACAGCUAAAGGAAGAAACAGCAACUGUGGAAAUGAAGGAACAACAACUGGUUCUGGACUGUGUCAAACAAUUAGUGGAAGCUAAAGAUCAGAUUUCUGAUUUGACGGAUGAGAUCUCGCAGAAGGCAGAGGAUAACAUCAGACAGCAGGAGGAGAUCACUCAUCUUAUUACAACUGUUGUGGAUCUUCAAAAACGGCACAAACAGCUUUCAAUGGACAAUGAAGAACUGCAAAGUUUACUGAACUCUUCCACAGCAAAUCAGAACCAGCUUCAACACAAGGUGGAUGAUUUACAUGAAAAAUACCAUGAAUGUUUGGAAAUGCUAAUGGAAAAUCAGAGGGAAGUGAAAAAGUUAAACACAAAGAUUGAGAGUGGUAAACUGCCCAGAAAGUUGUCUUCAUCACCGCAGCACUCCUACCAUGAUGCACGUGACUCCAUUGCUUUGGAGAUCGAGGAAAGCGUCAAAAGAGACCUUACCUCCCAACAGGAGAAACGAGAGCACACUGCUCGUGUUAUGGAAACUGUGCGUGCUAUUAACACAAAAAGAACCCGAAAAGGUCUAACAUCCAAUUCGAAGGAUGCCAAUUCUCCUGAGGGGUCAGGCUUUAAAUUCACUUACUCCCCUGCAGUAACUGAAUCGAAAGCCUCAGUGGAAGGUGCGGGAAAGACUCAAGCUGCGAACCCUGUGGCGGAUCGGCGAGUAUCCUACGGACGUCGGCCAUUCAGAGCUCCAGAAAAACUCCAGAUUGUAAAACCAAUUAAGGGUUCCGUGACGCUGCAUCAGUGGAAAAAAUUAGCCAACCCCACCCUGAAUUUGGCGGAGACUCGACCUGGGGUACACGUUAAAGGAGAGGGCCCGGAUGCACAGGAAAAGGAGCCAAGAGAACGGAAGGAGUCAAGUGAUUUGGACGUAGACGAGUACGAGGAAGAUGAGCCCUUGUACAUGAAUCUUCCCCGUACCUCGGAGAGUACCUCCGAAGCUGCUAGCCAAACAGGGACAGAAGAUGGCGACGAGGAUGAUGAACCAAUCCAGAUGCGAGUCUCUCACAGGCUUGAUAAAGGGACCAUGUCCCAAAAGAAAGAAGAGACCGUGGCUGGAAAGGGUAGCUCUAAAAAGACUUCUCCACAGCAGCUAGGGCUAAUAUCGCUUGUAAGCGGUCAAGGCUUCCAGGGAGGUUUCAAAGAACGUGGUGGCGACAGCGGCAGUAUCUUGACGCACUUGCUAAACAGCCCCUCCUCGACAUCUUCAGGGACAUCCUCAGUGGGUAAGGUACUUGCUGACGUCCUCAGUAAAGCAAGUAAGGAGGCCUCUGAAAAGGAGCCUAGUAGGGCCGAGUCCCUUCGCAACUUGGCGAAUUACUUUAGUGAGAAAGAGCGUGGUAAUAGCACGGCGCAAUCCCAAGUCAAAUCACCUACCUCCCCUCCCCCAGUAGUACCUUUCACAAGCACCCUACCCUCGUCUGGAGGUGGAAUGUUGUUGAGCAAGAUACUCGGUACUAGUGGCUUAUCAGCUGGUUUGACGAUACCUGCGCCAAUCACUACGACCGCUAAGACCAGUGGUCUGCCCAGCACCACGAGCAGUACAUCAACCACUCCAAGUGUUCUUACCCGAAGUACUUUGGUCAGGAACUCCAGCGGUAGUAACUUAUUAAACUUGGCCCAAGGUGCAAUGGUAGAAGAUGCCUCAAAUAAGCGUCACAGUUUAGACUCGUCUCAGCUGCUUAAGAAAUCAAAUAAUUCCGAGUCAGAGUCGUCUUCGGGACUUGAUUUUUCUGAAUUGAAGUUUCCCACACUGCGCAGGCGUGCUAGCAGCGGUGAUCUUCAAGAGAUGGGAAGUUUAAGCAGUUUUGACCAGUUUGGCAGUGGAGGACUAGGCGCACGACUGAAACGAAGCUCUAGUAUCGGUAAUAUGAAGGACCUCAGCAACGAGAGCCUAGCAGGGUCCUCAGGAGACGCUUCUGAGGGGGGCUUUUUUAAUCGUCUUCGUCGUACACCAAGUAUAGGGAGCCUAACGAGUCUGGUGCAGCGAUCCAAUUUUUCGGUUGGUUUUUCAAAUUCGCUUGCAGGAUCAAAGCAACGUUCUACAAGUUUAGAUGUCCUUCCGGUGUUCAAGCCCGGUGAAUCGCCUCCGUCUCCUUCCAAGUUCGAUCAAGAUGGGGGACAUUUCUUUGGCAAGAAUGCGCCUUCUUCCAGUCUUGACGCAAUACCCGGAGCCACCGGUGGGUUUUUCGGCGGAGGCACUAAAUUGAGUAGCUUGGCUGGGGUCCGGGGAUUUUGGUCCCAAGGAGGGAGUAAGAGUUUGGACAGCCCUGCCGCACCUGUUCAGGCGCCACCCCCGAAGAGCGAAGAGAGACUGGAAAAAAUCAACAACGCUUUCGCGUUUGAGGACUUCGGAGGACUCGGCUUGAUGUCCUUCUUCGGAGGGAAAUCGCGUGGGUCAAGAUCAGACAGUCAGUGACAUUAAAACCGCUGGGACGUGUCAGAGACGGACAACCUCCAGCAGGGUUGGAAGCAACGCUGAGAUGUUUGCUAAUGGUUUUUCUGUUGAUGCGGCUGUUUUAAACAGAAAUUUUCAAAUCAAAUUAAAGUUAACGAUGGCAGUGACGCCAAAGUGUAAUAGUAAAAUUGAAAAUAAUGAUGAGGAUGUUUUUUUUUAUUUUUUUACUGACUAUGUAGCAUUUGAAUGGUAACUUUGAUUCUGUUAUUUUUGAAUUGGCUCAUUUUUAUCCUCUUGUUAAUCUUUAUUCAACAAUGAGAUGGUAGUCGAUUGUCGAAGCUCAAGGGUCUCGUGACAUAUUGCGAGAAGUGAUAACGAGACAAAAUUAUUUAUUAACCCUUUAACUCCCAGAAGUGAUUAAUAUAAAACUUCUCCCUACAAUAUCCAUACAUUCUUCUGCAAACAGGUAAUGAGAAUAUUCAAACUUAUCAGGUAGAAGCUGCUAUCUUGAUCUAACACCAAGUUCUCAUAACUAAUUUACAAGGAAAUGUGUAGCAGCUACAGGGGAGAAUUAACAAUCAAAUCUUGGGAGUUAAAGGGUUAAGUAUCAAUAUUGCUCUUUGAAGCACGUCGCGAUAUUACCUCGUCAAAGGGAGGAUGAAUGAGCUUAAGUAAAUAAUUUUUAAUUUUAUCAUCGGUGGAAUGACCUAAAUCACCUCAAGCCAUUUUGUGGUGAUUCUUCGAGCUAGGAUCUUGCAGAGUGGUCUUAUUUUUAACCGUUGUUAUGGUGUUUUUCAUGGUGCAAAGGUUUUUAGUGUAUAUUGUACAAGUAAAGGCAGCUCAAAUGAGGGAAGAAUUUACGAAGGAUAAAAAAAUUUAUUACGAGCUCACAAUCAAGGGGGGUAUUUAUUGGUAAAAAGAUAUUGGUGUGGUUCAAAUUUGCCCCACCUUGCAUUGUGUAAGAUAAAUAUAUAUAUUUUUGGUUCAGAAAAUAAGGUGUGGUUAGAUGCAGCUAUUAGUUCCUAAGCAACCUUCUUCUUUUGUUUUCAGUUGGUUAAGAAUAAAAUAAAUGAGUUGUAAAGGUA